UUAUUGUUUAUUUUUCAACUUCAUCUGGUGCUUAUAUUACAGAUUAUGCAGUACAAAUAUGUGUGUACACGGCGUGAUUAUAUCAGCUCGUUUUACAGACGAGCGAAGACUAACUCCUCACAAACUCAUAAAAUAAUAAUAAUAAUAAUAAUUCAGUGCAUUAAAAACGCUUUUUUCUGCCAGACUGCAGUGAUGUUAAUGCGCAUGAACAGUGAAUGAUGAAGAGCAGCAGUUUUACUGUCAUUAUCCUGAUGAAGAUUUACAUUUACUUACAACUCACAUUAGAAUUAGAAGAUGAACUCGGUAAUAAAACAAAUUGCACAACUGAAAAAGAAGGUGAGCCGCUUCUGAGCUUCUGUCAUGCAUGAGGAUUACAUGCUAAUAUGAUACAAUAACACCAAUCAAUUUAUUUCUAGAUGUAAAGAUGGUAUAUAAUAACCACACAGCCCACACUUAACCUGUUUUUUAACGUGUGAGGCCUAUAAACAAAUACAAAAUGGAAAAAGUGUUUCGAUUCAAACGCCUCGUGGUUUUGAUGAAGGUCUAAAUAAUGUCGAAGCCUUUUAAAAAUUCCAGCACGCUCAUAUUUCACUCAUCAUCCAUAAAACAUAACCGCUGCACUUAAACAGAUGAUCUCUGAUUCAAUUCACAAAAAAACACAGAACAUGAAACAUUAAAGAUGUCAUAUAUAUUACAUGCAUGCUCAUGAGGAUAUUAUCAAAGCACAUUUACAGUCAGGUCCACGAAAUAAUCGCACGUGAAGUUAGAUAAGAUGUUAUCAGACCAGGAGAAAUAUCUGGUUAACAGUGGGUCAGACACGAUCAGCUUCAGAGAGUUGAACACGCCUGCAUUAACUAAACCCGUCGCAUACACAGUAAAACAUUGCUUUAUUUCCCCCCCAAGCCAUGUAAUUCAUAUUUUAUGUUGUUAGUUGUUUUAGAUGAUUUGGCUAUCUUAGCAACAACCCUUUAAGUUGCAUAAGGGCGCUUAUGUUUGUAAAUGUCGCUAAAACGGUGAGCGAUAUUUUCAGUGAUAAUAAUCAUAAAGUCUUUCUAAUAGCCGACCUGCGAAAGAACAUAGAGACUUCAGUCUGCGUGCAUAAAUAACUGUUUAUAUAAAUAAGUGUAAAAAUCUUCCAGUGAGCUUCUAGAUUUGCCAGCUUCUGCACGCUUGAGCAGGUUUUAGUAACCCGCGAUUAAGCGAGUCGCGCAUUAGAGUUUUCCGCAUUUGUUAAAAAGUGUUGCAUAUUUGUUCUAAACGAAACGGAUUAUGCGCCGCGUCUGAAUGAAGAAAUGCGCUUAGUCGUAUGUACUCGUCUUAAAGUAAACGCGCCUAUUGUGUCGAAUGCAAUGCGAAACUAUGAUUUCAACAACGCGACGCGUCGUUAUAUAGCGCUACAUUACGAGUUUGAUGGAGUGCGGCUUUGUCCAUGCAAAUCCGCCGCCUCGCGUCCUCCAAUCAGAGCGUGGCGUCACGAAGCGUCUUCCAAUGGGAGAUGCGCGCUGGCAGGUGGCGACGCGGUUAUCUGCGCUGGAGGCCACUGAGCGGAGGACGGCGCUUCAGAUGCGGGCGAUCGCGGCACUCAAAGCGGGCGUGAGAUCUGCCGACGGCCGGCAUCCGGAUUCUGGGACUCAUCGGGAAGCGCUCGCGAACUUUGGAACUCGCCGGUUGAAAGUUGCAGUUCUGGUGGAUGAGUUGUGAAGUUGUGGGGGUUAAACUUUCUCGCACGAACUUUCUCGCUUCGCCCUGUGGUUCACCCGCACCAAUGAUAGCGGUCGGGCAGAUGGAGAGUAACCGGCAGAGUGCGUUCGUUCUGGGCAGCACUCCUCUGGCUGCGCUGCACAACAUGACCGAGAUGAAGAACUCUUUAUUCCCGUACGCCCUGCAGAGCCCCGCGGGCUUCAAGGCUCCUUCCUUCUGCAACCUGAGCUCUCAGAUCCCGCUGGGGACUCCGCAUGGAAUAAGCGAUAUCUUGGGGAGACCCAUCACCGCCGCGGGACAGCUGCUCUCGGGCUUUCCUCGGAUCAACGGCUUGACAUCAGCAGGGAUGUACUUCAACCCCGCGGCGGUGUCUCGGUACCCCAAACCGCUGACGGAGUUGCCCGGGAGGGCGCCCAUAUUCUGGCCCGGAAUGAUGCAGGGUUCACCCUGGAGAGACCCGAGGGUUCCCUGUCCGGCCCAGGCACAUCUGAUGCUGGACAAUGAUGGGAAGAAGAAGCACUCCAGACCAACUUUUUCCGGACAGCAGAUCUUCGCGCUGGAGAAAACCUUCGAGCAGACCAAAUAUCUGGCCGGACCGGAGCGAGCUCGGCUCGCAUAUUCUCUGGGAAUGACCGAGAGCCAAGUCAAGGUUUGGUUUCAGAACAGAAGAACCAAAUGGCGCAAGAGGCACGCGGCUGAGAUGGCCACGGCUAAGAAGAAGCACGACUCAGAGACGGAGAAGAUGAAGGAGAGCUCGGAGAACGAGGAGGAGGAGGAGGAGGAUGAAUACAACAAACCUCUGGACCCGAACUCCGACGACGAGAAAAUCACGAGACUGUUAAAAAAGCACAAGACGUGUAACCUGUCCCUCAUCAGCCCGUGCAGCAACAGCUCGGACACUUUGUGAUGAUGCUGAGCAAAAGACUCUUCAUCAUCUUCAUCAUCAUCAUCAUCCUCGGCUUCAGAUUCUUCUGGAGAACCGAGGCAGAAUUAAGCAGGGUAUAAACUCACUUCUUUGCUUUGAAUGCGGUUGUACAGGUAGAAGUGGACGUGAGAUGUGUAUAUAUAUUUUUUACUGAGUAAAUUAUGUUAUUAAAGCAUCACGGAGACGUGCCAACUUUUCCCCCUCAUCCUCAUCAUUAUCCUCAUCAUCCUCACCAUCAUUUAGUCUUCGAUCGCAGAAGAAUAACGCCUUUUUUCCGCCUAAAAGCUUCACUUUUGAUUUUGGAAACAGGUACACCAAGUGUAUAAAGAAGUGCCAGUGCUGUAAAUGAUGUGAAUAGAAUUUGUUUGAAUAAUCUGGAGUUUAUGUUCACCUCACAACAGGAGAAACACACGAACAUGGACAUAAAUACCGACGAAGAGAACACUAUCGCUUCCGUGAGGACGGAAGAAAAAACUUUGUAUUAUCAAUAAAUUAUUUAACAAGCCAGUGUUUCAAAACUGUCCUGGUCCUUUUUUAAUUGCAUGCAUUUACCGAUUGUUUUGUAGCGCAUUUAUUUCGAGAUGUGCUGUUAUUGCGAGAAAACUGCUAGCAAUUGCAUAUUAUAUCCGUGCAUUCAUAGCAAUGAUAAUACAAUUCUUACACGAUUGUUACUAAUAAUUGAACAUAACACGAGCACGCGUUUAUAGAGGGAGAACCAGUUUCCUGCAAAAGCUUUAACAAAUUCCGAUGCAAUAAGAGACAUAUUUGGUGUCCCUUUUGGAGGUUUUAUUUUAGGAGCAUGAACUGCAUCACUUUGUUCAAAGGUCUUUAAAUAUGCAUUUAUAGAUCAAGCUUAUAUUUGUAUUUCUCAGUCGCGAGCAUUUAUUUUUUUAAACCUGUGUGCGAAUCAUUUAAUGACUUUAAGGAACGUUUCUGUCGCGUUAUUCGCGAUGCAAACGUCUCGUGACCC